CACUUACCAACACGAACGUCAGCGUACCUUUCCCUUUAUCUUCGUUGGUCUCUUCUCGCCUAGGCGAUAGUCGCGAUAUCUCUCUUUCUUCGACCAUACGCUUCAAAGCACGUUCGCGUUUCCUUCAUUAUGCCUGUCCAAGUUCUCCAGCUCGCGUUGCGCGUCAUCAUUUUUGUCUCUUUGGCCAGCAUCUUCGCUCCCCAUAUCCAUGUCCUUGCCUCGCCCUAUCCUAUGCCUCUAGCGCUCAUGACCUAUGCACGUUCUCAAGCCUUGACCUCCUUUUCUGAGAGCAACAACACUCAUCUCGCCUAUCGUAACACUUCUGGUGAUGCCAUUCUCGUCGCUGACGACGACGACUCUUCUCAUCUCGGACGCUGCGACGAUCUGAUGUCACUGCUGAAAUUGAAGGUGUUGAAGUACAACGAACUUGUGAAUAAUCCGCCUUCGGAUCAAGACAAUCUCGACGACUAUCACCGUAGCUGCGUGACGAGUCUGGCUAGCUGCAAGGAUGUUCUCGGUGAACUCAACGACUCUCUCGCCCCGCUGCGCGCAGACAAGGGCCUCGGCAACUAUGAGCGCAAUGAUCACCUCGAGACUUUACUCAAGGAACUCAUCAAUUACAUCAAAGAGAUGUUGAACGGCACGGUGACCCUCACAAAAAACAUUCCUAUUGUUGGUCCUGAGCUAGCACCUCUCGUCUCCGAAAUCAAAUGCCUUGUUGACACUUUACUCGAUUUCAGUGAAGACCUCACCGAUGGGAUCCUCAACUACCUCAAGCCAAUUGUGGCCGUCGGGGAUGAUAAUCGGUGUAAAGGCCCACUACUAGGAGUGGAGAUUGUUGGCAUUUGUCUUUGAUUUCUUUGUUUUUCGUUUCAAACUGUAGCAUCACUUGACAGGACCUUCGUAAACACAUCUGUAUCAACUAUCUCUGUUCACUCUUGUCGUUUUGUACUUGUCUCUCUGUUAACUUCUAACUUCCAGUGUUAUACGAUACGGUAUUCUAUCCAUCGGCACAGAAACAAUAUACAUGAUUAUAAAAAUUAUGAUGACCAUCGAGUCCGAAAGCUGAAAUGACUAUUCGUCCGCUAACCAGUCUUCUGCAACUUGACCGA